GGAUCUUAUUCCCCAAACACGAUAUUUACUCAAGCAGUAGCCAAAGAAUAACAAGAUAAGUUAUGGUCUUAUCGUCCCAAUUGUUUUGCAUUUGUGUUUUGUGACUGAUAAGACAUUGUGCCCACGUUACUCCGUCAUUCUUUAAUCAUGAUGCGAAAAACUGCAUUAUUCCUGCUCACUGGGAUAUUCAUCUCAUUUACAUGUCGUUCCUCUGAAGCUGCAAAUAUUCUCUUCUUCUUUGGGUUGUCCUCCUACUCUCACCGAAUUGCAGCAUGGCCGUUGACAGAAGCGUUGGCAGCCAGAGGUCACAAGGUCACAUUUUUGUCACCCUAUCCAGCCAAGACGCCCAGCCCAAACGUGACGGACUACGUGCCAGUCUGUCUCAAGGAGUGGGUCGACACGUGGGACGAGAUCGAGCGAUUUAACGAUCUACGUCUCUCGGGUGAAAUGGAACUCGAAUGGUACAAGAUCUCAGAAUAUGGGACGGGCAUGUGCGACGUUCUCCUCGCGGAUCCUGUGUUCGUCUCCUGGAUAAAAGACAGCCCAAAAUUCGACCUCUUCAUUAUCGACGCGCUCAUCAACGAAUGCGCGUACGGCAUGGCGCACGUCCAUGGGGCGAAGGUCAUCGUGUACAAUACUGCCAUCCCAUUUCCCUGGUACAUCGACCCCUUCGGAUUUCCCGACGAAUCUGCAUGGGUCCCCGACUUUGUUUUCCAUUAUCCUCCCGCCACUAUCAAUUUCGCCCAGCGCGCCAUGGCACUAUUUAACCCGAUUUACUUCAACUUCAUCCGCGAAAUGCAAUAUUUUCCCAAACUGGAGGCCACGUUGCGAUCCACCCUCUCGCCCGAAAUGCCGUCACUCUCCGCCCUCGAGAGAAACGUGUCCCUCUUGUUCAUCAACCAACAUCCGGCCGAAGACUAUGCCCGCCCCUUCCCACCAAACGUCAUUCCCCUCCCUGGACUUCACUGCGGGGAUUCGCAAAAAGCGGCACCUUUGACCUCUGACCUAUCCUCCUUUAUUGGCGACUCGCCCUUUAUCUACGUCAGCUUUGGGAGUUAUGUCGACAUUUCAAAUUUCGGGACUGAAGCGACGACCGUUUUUCGCAACGUGUUAAACCGUUUGGGGUCCGAGCGUGGGUUGAAGGUGGUGUGGAAGAUUGGCUCCGAAAGACCGGAGGGUUUAGGCGAUCAUGUCCAUACGGGCAAGUGGAUGCCACAACAGGCCAUUCUAGCCCAUCCUAAAAUUCGGGCGUUCGUGACCCAUGCGGGCUUGCUGGGAAUUCAGGAAGCGAUCUGCAACAGCGUGCCACUCAUCGCGUUCCCCAUUUUUGCCGAACAAGACUAUAACGCCAACAAAUUGGAGUACCGCAAGGUCGGCGUCCAGUUGGAAAUAACUGCAAUCAGGGAGGAUAAGUUUUGGGGGGCGAUUGGCAAAGUCUUGGACGAUCAGAGCUACGCUUUGAACAUGAAGCGCCUCUCGACCAUUUUCCUGGACCGUGCGGUCCACCCGGUGGACACGGGGGUGUGGUGGGUGGAGUACGUUCUGCGCCACGACGACGUCUCGCACCUCCGACCCCGCUCCGUCCACCUUCCUUGGUGGAAGAAACGCCAGCUCGACAUUUGGGGCGCUAUCUUUCUCGCUAUUCUUGCAAUUUUAAAAUUUCUCCACUUUCUCCUUAAAGCCAUUUUUAAACUGGUUUGUCUAGCAAGAGGUCCCAAAGAUAAGGCAGUAUCUAAAUUAAAAUUAUCUUGAUUUGGAGGAAGUUAUUAAGCGUAAAAGUAACUUGAAAUUGUAUAAAAUUAAUGAACUCAGAGACAGACUAAUUGGAAAAAUAAAGAAAUACUUUUGCACAGAA